AUGGUCUCACCGAAACAAGUCGCCCUCGUUGUAGGUGCAUCAAGAGGCAUAGGACGUCAAAUUGCCAUUGAUCUUGCAAAGAACGGCUACGCCGUCGUCGUAGCCGCAAAGUCAAUAAGCGACGCUUCCAAAGUCUCACCCUUCCCACCAGACCCAAAUUCACAAGCCUCGACAAUCAGCACCGUAGCCCGCGAAAUCCAUGAGGCCGGCGGCUACGCAACACCCAUAGCCGUGGACGUCCGUGAUCAAGACAGCAUCACGCGACUUAUCGACCAGACAAUCCAGAUAUACUCCCGUCUCGACGUCUUAGCCUACAACUCCGGCGCGAUCUGGUGGGCCUCCGUGGAAGACACGCCCCCCAAACGCUUCCAGCUCAUGCAGCGCGUCAACCCAGAGGGCCUCUACCUCACCCUGCACGCCUGCCUCCCGCACCUCAAGCGCGAAGGCGCCGGGCGCAUCGUCGUCGUCAGCCCGCCCAUCUACAGCCGCUUCUUUCGCGGCAAGACGGCUUAUGCCAUGGGCAAGGUCGGCAUGAGCGUCUUGACCAAAGGUCUAGCCAUGGAUUUCGCGAGGCAGGGGUUGGACAGGAUGGCCAUCACCAGCAUCUGGCCCGCUGUGGCAAUCGAGUCCGCAGCCACUCAAAAGUUUCAGGCGUCAAAUCCAGACGAGGCCAAGGACCUGCGUAAACCGACCAUCUUCUCAGAUGCGGUGCUUGCCAUCGUGCGAGCCCCAGCGAGUGUCGUGAAUGGCGAACUUGUGCUCGACGAGGACUUCUUAAGAAACCACGCGGGUGUGACGGACUUCUCCAAGUAUGCCCUCGUGCCUGGAUCAAGUCCGCGUAGGAUCAUGCCAGCAGAGCUCCCGGACUUGACCGUUAAGGAGCAGGAUGAUGAAGGUAAGAGAUACAGUAGUGCAAAAGCAAAGAUAUGA